CGCCGGUUCCGGGGACGCGCCCUCGGGAAGGCUCGGCCGGAGAGCCCGGGAACUGCUGCUCUUGCCGAGCUGCACGGGAGGUCGAGUCCGGGGCGCUUCUCCAAGGUUGGAGAGGACACUGCACAAGUUCACACUGGGCAAGCAGAAGCUGAGACCACGGAAAUGACAGAAUCCUAUGUGAAGAAGCUGUCCUUCACCCUGCUGGAUGCCAUCACUGACAAGGACCCUGUGGUACAGGAGCAGGUCUGCAGCUCUCUGUGCUCCCUCGGAGAGGCACAGCCAGGGGAGAUGCUCCAUGCUUGUGAGAAAUACCUGCGGCAGCAUGAUAAGCUGGCCCAUCCUUACCGCGCAAUGAUCCUGAGGGCCAUGGAGACAGUCCUGAGCAGCCACAUCCACAAGCUGGACAAAGACACAGCCAGCACUGUCAUCCUCCUGGCUUCGAGUGAGAUGACCAAGACGAAGGAACUAGGCUGUGACUGGCAACAGGCUGCAAGCAAUGUCCUGGUGGCUGUGGGGAAACAGUUUGUCAACCAGGUGAUGGAGGAGGUUCUCAGGAGGUUCCAGCCUGGGGUUCUGCCUCACUGCUCAGUGCUACAGACACUUGCCAGCCUCUCAGUGUCCAAUGUUUUUGGCAUGGUCCCCUUCCUGCCGUCUAUCCUGAGCACCAUGCUGCCCAUGCUGGGCAUGGCAAAGCAGGACGCGAUGAGGGUGGUGUUCUGUUGCGCUCUCCAGCACUUCAGCGAGAGCACCCUGGAGUACUUGGCCAACCUGGACCAAGCCCCGGAUCCCACCGUCAGGAAGGACGUCUUUGCCACUGACAUCUUCAGCGCCUACGACAUCCUUUUCCACCAUUGGCUGCAGAGCCGAGAUGCUAAGCUUCGGCUUGCAGUAGUGGCAGCUCUUGGGCCCAUGAGCCACCUACUGCCCAGUGAGAAACUGGAGGAGCAGCUUCCCAAGCUCCUCCCAGGAGUCCUCAGCCUCUAUAAGAAGCAUGCAGAGACUUUUCAAGUGUCCAAGAGCCUGGGCCAGAUCCUGGAGGCAGCAGUGAAUGUGGGCAGCCGUACCUUGGAGGUUCAGCUCGAUGCCCUUCUGGCGGCUCUGCAUGUUCAGAUUUGUGUACCUGUGGAGUCCACUAGUCCCCUGGUGAUGAGCAGCCAAAAGGAAGUUCUACGCUGCUUCACGGUACUGGCCUGCUGCUCACCUGACCGCCUGCUGGCCUUUUUGCUGCCCAGGCUGGACACCAAUAAUGAGAGGCUCCGUGUGGGCACCCUACAGAUCCUGAGGCACGUCAUCAACUCAGCCGCUGCUCAAAUGGAAGUUAAGAAACCCUUCAUCCUGUCUUCCAUGAAGCUUCCUCUUCUGGACACUAACAGCAAGGUGAAGCGGGCUGUGGUGCAAGUGAUCAGUGCUAUGGCCCACCACGGCUACCUGGAGCAGCCCGGAGGUGAGGUGAUGGUGGAGUACAUCGUGCAGCAGUGCGCACUGCCCCCCACACAGGAGCCUGGGAGGCCAGGAGCCGACGGUGAGGACCAGGCGACAGACAGUGUGCGGGCCGUCAGCGUGCGCACUCUUUACCUGAUCAGCACCACGGUGGACAGAAUGAGUGACGUCCUCUGGCCGUACCUGCUUGAGUUCCUCACCCCUGUGCACUUCACCGCAGCCCUGACCCCACUCUGCAGGAGCCUGGUGCAUCUGGCUCUGAAGAGACAAGAGACGGGUGCAGAUGCCUUCUUGGUCCAGUAUGACACCCACGCAAGCCUCCCAUCUCCCUACGCUGUGACCACGAGACUGCUGGUGGUGUCUUCUAGCCCCUACCUGGGGGAUGGGCGGGGGGCAGCCUCCCUGCGCCUCCUGAAGGUUCUGCAUGGAAGCAUCUGCCCUUCUCUGGGCCAGCGGUGGGAGACAACUGUGCCUCUGCUGCUCGAGUACCUGGAUGAGCACACUCAGGAGACACUGUCACAGAAGGAAUGGGAGGAGAAGCUGCUGGUGUUCCUGCGGGACACACUGGCCGUCGUUUCUGACAACACGUGGAUUUGCCAGCUCAGCCAGGAGAUGUGCAGGCAGCUGCCCUGUUACAGCAAGACACCCCAGGAGAAGAACUUCCUGUAUAAAUGCAUAGGAACUGCCCUGGCUGCUGCUUCAAGCAAGGAGGUGGUGGGAAAACACCUCCGGGAGCUGCUGGAGACAGCCAAGUACCAAGAGGAGGCAGAGCGGGAGGGCCUGGCCUGUUGCUUUGGGAUCUGUGCCAUCGCCCACCUCGAGGACACUCUGGCACAGCUGGAGGACUUCGUGAGGUCAGACGUGUUUAGGAAGUCUACUGGCAUCUUCAGCAUUUUCAAGGAUCGAAGUGAGCAUGAAGUGGAAAAAGUAAAGAGUGCUCUGAUUCUGUGUUACGGGCAUGUGGCCGCCCAGGCCCCGCGAGAGAUGGUGCUGGCCAAGGUGGAGUCGGACAUCCUCCGCAACAUGUUUCAGUGCUUCAACACCAAGGUUCUGGGAAUAAAGGUAGAAACCAAGGACCCGGCCCUGAAGCUGUGCCUUGUCCAGAGCCUGUGCAUGGUCGGCCAGGCCGUCUGCAGCAGCACACAGGCCAGCUCCUUCUACUUCUCGAGGAAAGCGGAGCUGGUAGCACAGAUGUUGGAGUUCAUCAGGGCAGAACCCCUGGACGCCCUGCGAACACCCAUUCGGAAGAAAGCCAUGCUCACCUGCACUUACCUAGUCCACCUGGAGCCAGCGUUGGAGGAGCCUGCCCAGGCCGAAGUGAUCCACAGCUGCCUGCGCAGCGUCAUGGCCCUGCCUCCUGAGCCUCAGGAGGAGGAUGGCACCUGCCAGGAGCCCCUGUAUCUGGACACAGUCCACGCCCUGGAGGACUUGCUGACCAGCCUGCUGCAGCGGAACAUGACCCCCCAGGGCCUGCAGGUCAUGGUCGAGCACCUGAGCCCAUGGAUCAAGUCCCCAAGAGGCCACGAGCGAGCACGGGCCCUUGGCCUGAGUGCCUGCCUGCUGCAGUACUUCCUGGAGCACCUGCAAGUCAGUGCCCUGGUGCCCUUCCACAACCUGGGCCUCCUUGUUGGCCUCUUCUCCCCACGAUGUGCGGACAUGUGGCCUGCUACUCGCCAGGAGGCAGUGGGCUGUGUCUACUCCCUGCUCUACUUACAGCUGGGCUAUGAGGGCUUCUCUAGAGACCACCGUGAUGAUGUGGCUGAGCGGCUCCUUGCUCUGAAAGACGGCCUUGCGCACCCGGACCCCACCAUCCUCUUCCACACCUGCCACAGCAUCGCCCAGAUUAUUGCCAGGCGCCUCCCACCUGACCAGCUCAUCAGUCUCUUGUUAACCAUGUUUGAGAGCCUGGGGGACCCUGUCAAGAACUGCUCCCGAGCGGCUACUGUCAUGAUCAACUGUCUACUGAAGGAACGCGGCAACAUGCUGCUGGAGAAGGUGCCUGAGAUUGUGAGUAUGCUGCGCUCCAAGCUCCAGGAGACCCAGGAAGACCAUGUCCUGCCCGCUGCCCAGCACAGUGUGUACCUCCUGGCCUCCCAGCACUGCGCGGCUGUGGUGUCCAGCCUCCUGGGUAGCCCUCUGCCCUUUGACAGUCACACCUGCGCCCUGUGGCGGGCACUGGCCGUGGAGCCCAGCCUCACCACCCAGGUCCUGGGGCUGCUCAUGGAGAAGAUGCGCAGGGAUGUCCCGUUCAAGGAGAGCCGGACUUUUCUGCUGGGCAGCACCCCUGACCGAGUGGCCACGCUGCUGCCCCUCGCGGCCACCUGCGCACUCUACGAGGUCAUGUCUGCGCCUGCGUCUGCGCCUGCCGUGCUUGAACUCUACCCCCAGCUUUUCGCAGCGCUCUUGCUGCGUGUCAGCUGCACUGUCGGCGUCCAGCUGCCCCGGAACCUGCAGGCCAAGGAGAGGAGGAGCACGGGCCCUGCCCGGCCGGCCAGGAACCUGGAGCCCUGCAGCUCUGCAGUGGACGCCCUACAGGCCCUGCUGCUCUGCGGAGGCAGUCGGGACGUGGUGCAGUGCAUGGAGCAGGAGGGAGGCUGGGAGAUGCUCAGAACCCCGGCAGGACAUGAGGACGGGGUCACACAGUUGGCCAGUGCCAUGGCCAGGUGUGCAGGCCCCCGGCUGCCGCUGGUGUUGAAAGUACUCACAUGCACCCAGAACGGGGUGUACGAGGUGCAGAGGACCACCUCCACAGCCUUCCUGGCCCAGCUGCUUAGCAGCAAUGUCGUCAACGACCUCAUGCUUCUGGAGUCACUGCUGGAGAGCUUGAGAGCCCAACAGAAGGACCCUAGCGCCAGCGUGCGGCGGCUGGUACUUCGGGGCCUGGCCAACAUUGCAUCUGGCGCCCCUGACAAGGUGCCAGCCCACGGACCGCAGCUACUGACAGCCAUGAUCAGUGGGCUGGACGACGGGGACGACCCGCAGAGCCUGGUGGCCCUGGAAGCCAUGCUGGGGCUCGCACGGCUGCUGGAGCUGGUGGAGCCCGGGGACCGGCGCUCGGUGCUGCUGCACACGGCCAUCCGCAUCCGGCCCUUCUUUGACAGUGAAAAGAUGGAGUUCCGGACCGCGUCCAUCCGCCUCUUUGGGCACCUCAACAAGGCCUAUCACGGCGACUGUGAGGACGUUUUUCUGGAGCAGGUUGUGGGUGGGCUGGUGCCCCUCCUGCUGCAUCUGCAGGACCCUCAGACCCCUGUGGCCAGUGCCUGCCAGUUUGCCCUGUGCAUGUGCAUACCCCACCUGCAGUGUGAAGAGCUGGCAGCGGCCUUCCAGAAGCAUCUACAGGAGGGCCACAGCCUGCACUUUGGAGAGUUCCUCAACUCCACCUGCAAGCACCUGAUGCACCACUUCCCCGACCUGCUGGGCCGCCUGGUAAGCACCAGCCUGUUCUACUUCAAGAGCAGCUGGGACAGUGUCCGAGCUGCAGCGCCCCUGUUCACAGGGUUCCUGGUGCUGCACGCAGAACCUGAGCACAGGCCACAGGUGGACCUGGAGCAGCUCAUUACAGCACUACGUCUCCUGCUGCGGGACCCAGCACCCGGGGUGAGGGAGAAGGCCGCCGAGACGCUGGGCCGCCUGGUGAAGUUUGCCUGAGGCUGGGCACGCCACACAAGCAAGACUAGCCAGGAGUUUCAGCACACGCUCGCCUCAUUCUCAAUAAAGCCAUUUCCUUCUCAGCGCUGCUGAGAGGGGAGAGGGCCCUCG